AUGUCAGACAUAAGCAAAUUCUACGGUGGCUCUGUUCUGGCACUGACCGGCAAGGACUCAGCUAUCAUUGUGAGCGACAAGCGACUCGGAAAUAACUCAAUCACAGUAUCGAUGCAGCACGAUAGGGUGUACAAGAUGAGUGAUAGGGUGUACGUGGGGAUGGCACUUUUUGUUCCUGACAUUCAGAUGCUCGUUAGGAAGCUGAGUAAGGAGGUGAACCUGUUUGAAAUUGGGGAGAAUAGGAGGAUUGAACCGGAUGAGUUCUGUUCCUUGCUUUCGUCCACUUUGUAUUCCAACCGGUUUUCGCCCAGCUAUGUCGAUCCUAUAGUGGCAGGAAUUGACGUGCAGAAUAGGCCCUACAUCUGUUCGAUGGACUUGCUGGGCUGUCAGAGUACCACCAAUGAUUUCUGUGCGGUUGGUACCGCGGAGGACAAGCUUUAUGGACUGGCUGAGGCGUUGUACACACCGAACAUGAAUGAUGAUGAACUUUUUGUGGCUGCAAUGCAGAUAUUUCUUAAUGCUAUUGAUCGUGAUGCCCUAUCAGGAUGGGGAGCAGAGGCCCAUAUUAUCAGCAGAAACAGGGUGAUCAAGAGGACGGUUAAGUCCAGAAUGGAUUAAAUAAAUGCUAUUUUGUGUG